AUGGAGUCUCUAUUUGAGAUGGAGUUUAAAGAGUUAGAGAAUGUUAAGACGGGCCGAGAGAGACCACGUAACCUGUUCAUAAAAAGCUCAACGUUUGAUGUACAACCGAAGUUGGAUCUCAAAGGUCUGCAGAAUGACUCUGUAAAACGAAACAAAGAAGAUAAAGGUGAACAUAAAAUCCCACCACAGCGCCCUCUUGUGACCGAACGACUCAUCAAGAAAGACACAAACGAACAUGGGCCUCUAUACAGUGAUGAGGUCAUAAAUCCAUACCCGUUUAAACUUGUACGUAGUCCAACUGAAUGUAGGAUUGUAUCUCCACCGUACGGCAAUGUAUUCCUAGUGGUUCUUGUUGCAUGUCGUCAUAAAGAAGUAAAGGAUAGAAGUCUGAUUCGGAGGACAUGGGGAAAGGUCAAAGUUCACAAGGGAAAAUCCAUUUUGGUGAGAUUUCUAGUUGGUUUACCGCACACGCUAAAUGAGGAGAAUGUAAUUCAAAAAGAGACUGCAGAAUAUGGAGACAUCAUUCAAGGGGACUUUUUUGAUUCUUAUAAAAAUAUGACCUUAAAGGUGUUGCUUGGGUUGAAGUGGGCGGGGCUUAAAUGCCCAAACGCCACCUACGUCAUGAACUUGGACUCUGACAUGUUCGUGAACGUGUACAACCUUGUGACGUUAUUGGAGACUUCCCCACGUGUGAGAUUCGCAAAAGGUGUCCUUAAGGCGUCCACGAGACCAAUACGUAAAAGGUACUCGAAAUGGUACACACCAGUUGAAAUGUACCCCGAACCAUCGUACCCGCCAUAUUUAAAUGGACCUGCCUACGUCAUGUCAGGUGACCUUCCAGCGCGCAUAUUUAAUGAGUCUGUACAUGUGCGGUACAUACCUUGGGAUGACGUCUUUAUUGGACUAGUCAUGAAAAGGAUUAACGUGACUCCGUUGGCAGGGAACCAUUUUGAAGAUUAUCCAAAUUUGAAACACACUUCUGAAGUAUUUAACACAAUAAGUAAUGGAAUAGCAACGUAUAUAAGACACCAGCGAAAGGAAGAACCAGUUUUCGUGGAUAUAUGGAACAAUAUUUCGAGGAGUGUGAAUCCCAAUUGAUUGUU